CCUCACGCCGACGUUACUUGAGUUGAGCCGCUGCUUGGUAACGACGUGAGACGUCAACGCUGCCAGCGUGGAAAAGACAAGCUGCUCCAGGAAGUAAACGAACUCUUCGGCCGUGCAGAAGAGAGUGUCAGUGAACCCGAAUUAUAAUAUCAUCGAAAUAUCAGACAAAUCCAUAACACGUGUACAUAAACUGGACGACCGGUUUGUCCCUACCUGCCGUCAGCAUGGACACAUCGUUUCAGCAGAUUAUGGUGGAUCCCACUUUAGCUGAGAUGGGGAAGAACCUCAAUGAAGCCAUGAGGAUUUUGGAAGACGGUCACAGGGAGCGUGAGGAGGAUAAAGAGAAGCGAAGGCACAGCAGGAAGGAUAUUCCAGGACCACUCCAAGGCAGCGGACAGGAUGUGGCCCAUAUACUUCAGCUGGUACAGAACCUCAUGCAUGGGAAUGAAGAUGAGGACUUGCAGUCUCACCGCAGGAUGCAGAAUGUGGGAGAGCAGGGUCACAUGGCCUUGCUGGGGCACAGUCUGGCCGCCUACAUCUCGGUGCUGGACAAGGAGAGGCUGCGCAAACUGACCACUCGCAUCCUGUCCGACACCACCCUCUGGCUCUGCAGACUCUUCAGGUAUGAGAACGGUUCAGCCUAUUACCACGAGGAUGACCGGGAGGGGCUCCUGAAGGUGUGCCGGCUCGUUAUCCACUCGCGCUUUGACGACUACAGCACAGAGGGCUUCAACAUGCUAUACAACAAACAGCCUGUCAUCUACCAGAGCGCCGCCUGCAGGUCAGGCCUGGGACAGCAUCUCUGCAACCAGCUGGGUCUGCCUCUCUCCAGCCUCUGCACAGUCCCCUGUAACACCAUGUUUGGCUCCCAGCACCAGAUGGAUGUUGCUUUGCUGGACAGACUCAUUAAAGAUGAUAUGGACUCUGGGAAGCUGCCCUUGCUACUUAUAGCUAACGCUGGCACUCCCGCUGCAGGCCACACUGACAAGCUGGGCCGUCUGAAGGAGCUCUGUGCCCAGUACAGCAUGUGGCUUCAUGUCGAGGGAGUAAACCUGGCAACCCUGGCUUUGGCAUACGUCAAGUCCUCGGUAAUGGCCGCCACUAAGUGUGACAGCAUGACCCUGACCCUGGGACCCUGGCUGGGGCUGCCAGCCGUGCCUGCGGUCACGCUGUACCGUCAUGAGGACCCCUCCUUGUCGCUGGCAGCGGGCCUGAACUCCAGCCAGCCUGUGGAGAAGCUGCGUGCGCUGCCGCUCUGGCUGUCCCUGCAGUACCUGGGGCAUGAUGGCAUCGUGGAGCGCAUCAGACACGCCUCCCAGCUGAGCCAGAGACUGUUAGAUCAUCUGACAAAGCAGACAUCUAUUACAACAGCGGGGCUGGUGGCUCGUUCGGGGGUCCCUCCUGUCACUACGGGCUCACUCGGGGACAUCCUGGGUACUCUAAUCCUGUCCAUUGUGGAAGAUGAUUUAAACUCCCCGGUGGUUGUCUUUCGGUUUGCACAGACAGAUGCUAACUCAGCUCAGAGUGGGGGUCCACUAGAGACAUUUCACAGCAGUGACCGAGAGAUUCUGGACGCCCUGAACCGAUGGCUGGGAGAGCAGUUGGCCCUGCUGGUUCCAGCCAGUGGAGUGGACAUUGUGGAUCUGGAGGAUGAGGGAAGCUGUGUGAGGUUCAGCCCCCUGAUGACAGCAGCAGUUUUGGGAACAAAAGAUGAGGAUGUGGACAUGCUGGCCGAGCGUCUACAGGAGAAGAUCCCGGUUCUGAUCAGCACGCUGCGGCUGCGAGAGGAGUUCAGAGAGGAGGUGCACCGCACUGCAGCACUCACUUACAUAGAGGAUCUUAGCUGGCCAGGACUGGGAACAGUGAGGUACGAGAUGAGCAGAGAGGAACCUGAUGAGAGUAAGAGGCAGGUAGAGCUCGAGAAGAUAAACAGUGUGCUGCUGAAGAAACUAAAGGAGCUGGACUCUGACCUGACCUUCUCUACAGGACCAGAGUUUGGCCCAGAGAAAAACUGUGUUUACAUUGGCAUGGCAACAGAAGAUCUGGAUGUGGCCGAGGUGGUGGAGAUGAUCGCUACCAUUGGCCGAGAGAUCGAGGAGAACUCCAGGCUCCUGGAGAACAUGACUGAGGUGGUCUGCAAGGGGAUCCUGGAGGCAGAGCUGCAGCUACAGAAAGCCACAGAGGAGAAGCUCAUGGAGGAGGGAGUUUUGCGUCAGCUCCCAGUUGUUGGUUCCGUACUGAACUGGUUUUCGCCCGUCCAGAGCUCGGUGAAGGGAAGGACCUUUAACCUGGCGGCAGGUUCCGUGGACUCUACAGAGCCGACCUACUCAAUGAAGGCUCAAAGCACUGGAGAAACUCCGCCUCCUACUCCCACCUCUGCCCGCACUAAACACAGGCUCCCAGGUCAGAAGCUAUUCCGAAGGUCUCUGGCCAGCUCAGACUGUGUCAGUGAGACAAGCUCAGUGGGUCAGGUGGAGGAACUGGAGAAGGAGGAGCUUAGAGAGCCUGCCCCCGAGGGAAGGGAGGCCGACGUCCAAAAAGAACCUGAACCAGAGCCUGAGCAGAGGGGAGAAACCCCAGGAGAGGGCGAGGGGGGCGAACAAGAGGGAAAGCGAGAGCCGGAGGUAGAGGGCAGGGAGACAGAGCACCCCGAUAGCCUGAGAUAGGCACCCCACAGGAGAGUUGUGUGUCUUGAACACAACGCCUGCAGUUUAAGAGGAGAGGUUUGAGGUGGGGUGGCAGCAGCUCAGCCUGGGUGUGGGGGAAGCUAAGGAUAUCCAGAUUAUUUUAUAUUGAGAAAAAUAAUAUAUAUGAUAAAGUUAAUCUAUCUGUAACCUGAAGUGAAUUUGCAACUUGAAUACCUGAAACUCAAAAUAUAAAAAGAAUGUGAUAACAAACCAGUCCCUGGCAGCAUCAUUGUUUUUUUUCAUUCAGAAAUCAGGGGUUGCUAGCAUGGAACAUUUAGCAACUUAAAUCUGUAUCAUGCUGUACAGGAAUACAGCACCUUCUAAUAUAUUUAUGUACAACAAAAGCCUUGUACGGACAGAAUUAUGUAUCUGCUGAUGCAUGGAAGUAAAAUAAAAUUAGGAAGCCUGACAUCCAGAUGGCUUGGCACAGUAAUUACUUGUGUGCGACUUUAAUUAUUUAUUUGUAAUGAAAUGAUAAGCGUCUGUCAAUCUGAGAAUGUGCCAUAGUACAUAAUCCUAAACAAAUAAUAAUAAAAAAAAAAACACUGCUGCUGUUCUGGGUUUGUUCAUUGGCGUGCACCCUACUGGGGUUCAAAUGGGAGGCAAUGUCCUUUUUACAAGGCUCUUCAAUUGAGUUUCAGCCUGUGUUGGCCAGCCUCCUGUUGCAAGGUAUGGACUGGUGUUUUUCAGGUUGUAGUUCUCCAUGGCUCCCCCCAUACCCUGGAUCUGUUCCCCUGGCUGCCCAAAGAAGUUGUGUGCUCUGUGUGCCCUGUUUCAGCUACCACUGGCACUGAGCAGGGCAAAACAGUCCUGCAAAAUACAAACUCGCUGCCCAAGUGUCCAGUGACCUGAGAGAUGCUAUUCUCAAUACAAGCAUAUAAUUUCAUAUGAAUUCAUUUAAUAACAUUUAUUAAUGUUAAAAGCAUAGUGCCUCCUGCUUCCCAAAACCUUGAUGUUUUAAAUCACAAGUUGUUUAUUCUUAUAAAAAAUCUGAACCGUCCAGAGAUACUCCCAUAUAAGGAGCAAUGUAAAAAUGGUCUAUUAGUAACAAGAUGAAUGUUUAUAUGAAAUAUGUUUCCGAACAAUGAUUGGUCAUAGAAGUUUAGAUGCCUCGUGUUAUAAUGAUCUGUCCAGCAGCUGCACCAGGCAAGGAAAAGUCUGACCUGCUGACUAAUGCAUAUAGUUUUAUGCCUAGUUCACCUUAUGGCUUAAUGACCAGGAUGCUUUUCAUUUAAAUAAAUGAAGUUCCUAUAUUUAUAUGGUAUUCAUUAGGGUAGCUAAUAAGUUCAAGCUCCAGUCUUUCUCUCUCUCUAGAGAACAGCAGUGAGGGCUACUAGCAGAACAGUAAAACCAAACUGGGAACACCCAACUAUGUAGAUUAAAUGUGCUGGGUUUAUAUUGGUUAACUAACCACACACACACACACAAGCACCUGGCAUAGAAAACAAACAGGAGGCUAAAGUGACCCCUUAGUAAAAGUGUGUAAGUUUGUCUUGGGGGGGGGGUUGUAAGAGUCAAAUAUAGCCCUGUCCCCAAGUAGGAGGCAGUGGAUACUGUAAUGAAAAGAAGAAUACAUGCAGUGUGCUGGAACAAUAGUACUGAAAGCAGCUUCUGUAUUUCCAUUCAAGCACCGGUCUCUUUAUCCAAUAGGUUUUUAUAGGGCUUACCUAUGGAGUGUGCUGCUAACUGGUCUCAGUGGGAGGCUUUUUACUCAUGAAAGUAGUCCAGGCUGUGCUAUCAAAAACACUGCCCUCCUUGCUAGUGCUGAGUUGUGGUGUGUACUUGAGAGCAUACAAUAUUUUUUGUUUUUAUUAACAGUAGAUUGAUUACACUUGUGAAACCCAGAUCAUUUUUUUGCAAGUUCCCAACAGAGCUAAAGGUUUAGAUUAUUUGGGAAGUGUGAUAAUCUUUUUCUUUUAAAAGUGCUUACAGAUCUGGUCUUCCUGAUGUAUUUUUGGUGCAAUGAAGAAUAUUGAUUUAUAGAGGCUAGGGAGAAUGUUAGUUUGUGUCUUGGUUUAAUAUAUACUGCAAGGGUGGGAGGGGUAAUGUUUGUUGUUUUUACCUUAUUUUUAAUUUCUUGCUGUUUAAACACUAUAACUAUAUGUAUUUCAUGAUUAUUUUAAAAAGAGCAAGUCAUUUGGACUGCUGUUAAAAUUAUUUUUCAGUGUGAUUGUUUAAUGUUUUCUUGUGACAAUAAAUCCAACCCGAUGUCCUGUUCAGAUUUUGUUUUUGGGAAAAAAACUAUUUAUGUACCAAUCCUCAUUACUUUAUUAAACUUGGUCAUAAAACGGU